AUGUCCUGCUUACAAAAGACUCUUAAAUUGUUUUCUUCUUUUUUUGCUUCUUCUUCUUUAGGUCUCUUACAAUCUUCGUCCUCUUCUUUAGGUUUGCUGUCUCUUACAGUCUUCUUCUUCUUCUUCUUCUUCUUCUUCUUCUUCUUCUCUUCCUCCUCCUCCUUCAUCUUUAUCUUCUUCUUCUUCUUCUCCUUCUUUAGGUCUCUUACAAUCUUCCCUUCUUUUUCUUCUUUUUCUUCUUCUUCUUUUUCUUCUCUUCCUCCUCCUCAUCCUCCUCCUCCUCCUUCUCCUUCUUUAGGUCUUUUACAAACUUCGCCCUUUCCUUCUUUAGGUUUGCUGUCUCUUACAGCCUUCUUCUUCUUCUUCUUCUUCUUCUUCUUCUUCUUCUUCUUCUUCUUCUUCCUUCUUCUCUUCUUCCUCCUCCUCCUCCUUCUUCUACUUUAUGUUCUGACCCUUCAGAUCUAUCGAUAUUUUCACCGGUUCAUCUCAUUCUCUCUCUCUACCAAUUCCUUUUUUUUCUCUUAUCUAUCUAUCUAUCUAUAUAUAUCUAUCUAUCUAUCUAUCUAUCUAUCUAUCUGCCCACGAAUAAUUUAA